CGCACAUGUCAAACGAAUGCCAACUGAACACAGCUUUUGACAGAAAUGUCAAUCUAACGUGCGAAAUGUCAUCCCUUUUCUCUUUCUCUAUAUCCGGUCAGCCAUAAGACCUCCAUCAAGAUGAGGAAGAUUAUGAAAGCUAACAAAAUCGUAAUUGUCCUUAGUGGACGUUACGCCGGCCGCAAGGCCAUCAUUGUCAAGACUGUUGACGAUGGUGGUGCCGAUAAACCUUUCGGUCACGCCUUGGUUGCUGGUAUCGACAGAUACCCCCGCAAGGUUACCAAGAGCAUGGGCAAGACCAAGUUGAAGAAGAAGUCCAAGAUCAAGCCUUUCUUGAAGGUAUUGAACUACAAUCACUUGAUGCCCACCCGUUAUACCGCCAGCGAAAUCACUUUCGACAAAUUGUCUCCCAAGGACUUGAAAGAUCCCGCUAAGCGUAAGGCACACCGUUUCCAAACCCGUGUGAAAUUCGAAACAUCCUACAAGGAAGGCAAGAACAAGUGGUUCUUCCAGAAGUUGCGUUUCUAAAUGCUUGUAGCAUGCUUCUAGUUUUUAAAUAAAAAACCAACAACAACAACUGUCAUCAUGUGAACGAAAACAUAAAUUUUUGUAUGUUUUCGUUUAGCUGUGUGGAUCUGUAUGGAGGAAAUUUUGUGACGUCUUUUUUUUAGAAAAAAAAAGUUACAACAAUAAAAAAAAAAUUAUUACAAAAAAA